AUCCCCUUCCUCAGCCCAAUCAAAAUCACAAAUCAGAUCUCAACUGUCUCUCAUCUUCCAUCAUCUUCUCUAGAAAAUCAACCAGUUCUUAAUUCCAGUUUACGAAAUGGCUCGUACCAAGCAGACUGCAAGGAAAUCAACCGGAGGCAAAGCUCCAAGGAAGCAAUUGGCGACAAAAGCGGCGAGGAAAUCUGCUCCAGCCACCGGAGGAGUGAAGAAACCUCACAGAUUCAGACCCGGAACCGUAGCUCUAAGAGAAAUCAGGAAGUACCAGAAGAGCACUGAGCUUCUGAUCCGUAAGCUCCCUUUCCAGAGGCUUGUGAGAGAGAUUGCUCAGGACUUCAAGACCGAUCUCCGUUUCCAGAGCAGUGCCGUCGCCGCCCUCCAGGAAGCUGCUGAAGCUUACCUCGUCGGACUCUUCGAAGACACCAAUCUCUGCGCUAUUCACGCCAAGAGAGUCACGAUCAUGCCCAAGGACAUCCAGCUCGCAAGAAGAAUCAGAGGAGAAAGAGCUUAGAUCUAAGUAUUCUGGUGGCUUUUGUUUUUCUUUAGAACGAUAAGAAUGUAAAAUUUCAAGUUAAUCCAAGGGUUUCAAUAUUAAUUCCAAUCAAUUAUCUUUUCUUCU